UUACGCUACGGAACAGGCCGUAACCAUCAGCGGUUCUCAGGACCGUUGUUCCCGCAACUUGUUUUCAGCUCUUACAUCUAUCCUUUUCCCCCCUCCCCUUCCCCCUCCUCUUUCCUUUUCUAGGUCGCGGGGAUGCCGCGUGUCUAUAUUGGCCGCUUAAGUUACCAUGUGCGGGAAAAGGACAUCCAGCGUUUCUUCAGCGGCUACGGCCGCUUGCUCGAGGUCGACUUAAAAAACGGCUACGGCUUUGUGGAAUUCGAGGAUUCCCGCGACGCCGAGGAUGCCGUUUACGAGCUGAACGGCAAGGAUCUGUGCGGGGAGCGGGUGAUCGUCGAACACGCCCGCGGCCCCCGCCGCGACCGGGAUGGCUACAGCUACAGCAGCCGCAGUGGUGGAGGAUAUACCAGUCGGAGAGCAUCAGGAAGAGAUAAAUAUGGGCCACCUGUUCGUACAGAAUACAGAUUAAUUGUUGAAAAUCUUUCCAGUCACUGUAGUUGGCAAGAUUUGAAAGAUUUCAUGAGGCAAGCAGGUGAGGUAACCUAUGCAGAUGCCCAUAAAGAGCGAACAAAUGAAGGAGUAAUAGAAUUCCGUUCUUACUCUGACAUGAAACGUGCUAUGGAUAAAUUGGAUGGUACAGAGAUAAAUGGACGAAAAAUCAGGCUAGUUGAAGAUAAGCCACGAUCGAGCCAUAGACGAUCUUACUCCGGCAGCAGAUCAAGAUCCCGUUCCAGAAGACGAUCACGCAGUCGAAGUCGUCGCAGCAGUCGGAGUAGAUCCCGUAGUGCCUCAAAAAGCCGAUCACGCUCUAAAUCUAGGUCUCGGAGUAAAGACCGAUCACGUUCCAGAUCAAAAAGUCGAAAAUCUAGAUCAAAGAGCAAGUCAAAAGUGAAAUCUAGCAGAGGUUCACGAUCAGGCAGCAGAUCCAAAGAAAAGUCUCGGAGCAGAUCCAGGUCUGCGUCUCGUUCACCUAAAGAAAAUGGAAAAGGAGAAACAAAGUCUAAAUCAAGGUCACAAAGCAGAUCUCAUUCCCGUUCUCCAGAGCAGCAUCAACCUGCAAAGGCUCAUUCUGAGUCUCCAUCCAAAAGAGAUGUGUCACGAUCUCAUUCAAAGUCACGUUCAAAAUCCCGUUCACGGUCAAGAUCCAGUUCACAAGAUUAAGAUUGGAGCUUUUAUGCGAUUAUGGAACAUUGUAUGGGCAGCCAGAAGUCUUUUUUUAAUAUUAGUAUUUGGUUACCUGUUUGAUUUCAGAAAAGCAUGGUCUUGUUCACCAAGUAAACAAGAUAAAAGAUUUGAAGUACUUAAAGCUUUCUGAGAUGUGUACAGGAAUAUCAGUAAAAAAGAUUUUUUUUCUUUUGGGUAUAGAAAUUAAGACAGGCUUUUUUUUAUUGGAGCCACAGCUGAAGUAAUAUGCUGGGGAGUGAAAAAUGAGUUUUAUAAACAACUUUGAGUGUGAAGAUUUUGGAAAUGGUAAUAUUCCCUAAAUGUUUCCAUUAUUUUAAAAUUAAUGAAGGUUAGUUUUAUGAAUUAUGGCUUUCUUCUAAAAGCAUAGAAGAGCUGUAUUGAACAAAUCAGAGAUGCUUGUAAAGCUAAUCCGUGAGUGAAAAUUGGAAUAUUUCAUUGUGCUAUACCAUAAGUUGCCAAAAGUAAUCUCUUUUUCGUUGUGUUAUGGCAAUAUCACUUAAUAAAAAUGGCUAUUCCUAACUGCAUGGUAUAGUUUUGCCUAACACCUUUAAACCAAUAAGUGUUUAAAUCAUUUGAUAAGAAUUCCAGAUAACAAUUCCCAAUUUCUUCAUUAAUUUUCCAGUUGCUUUUUUCUGGGGGGGAAAAAAUACUUGGUCUAAAUUUAAUAACUUUUUGGAACCCAGUGUUCCUGCAUGAAAUCCCCCGUUGUACAAGCAGAAAUCCACUCAAGUAAUAUAUUUGUUCUUUCUCUUCUGCUAUAGUCCAUUACAUUCUUUUCACAGAUUUUGAAUACAUGGAUGGCUACAGUAGAAGGGGUAAUUAUUUCCCUAGUUUUCUACUAGUGAAAAAUUCUAAACUGUUAGGAUUAGGGCUCCAGUUAAUCUAAAAUAAGUAUAUGUGAGGUGAAAUCCAAUCACCAAACUUACAUGUAAUCAAUAAGUUUAGUAAAACAAUACUAGUACAAUCUUAUAAUCUUUAUACAAUGUGUAGUUUGACUUGUAUGAAAUUAAAUCAGUGACUCAAAUGUUUGUGUCAGUGUAAAUUUAUUCAGUAGAUAGUGUUAAACAUUAGAUUGAUUCAGGCAAAAUUCACUUCUGAUAGUGAAUGAGAAAUAUCCAUUAUGAUCUAUCCUAUUUUGCCAUUACCUUGCUACUUCCACUUCUGUAGAUUUCUUUCAGUGUUAAAAGUGCCUGGAGAGUUUCUCAUUUUAUAGUUAUUACUGUUGCAAUAUAGUGUACAAAUCGGGAGGGUUGCCUUAAAGUCAGGUUUUGAGACUUGUUAACUGCCUCUCUAGUCACUGCAAUUUUCUUGCCAAGUUUUUUCAGAAGUGGUUGCCGCUGCUGCCUCCUUAGGACUGAGACAGAAACUGACCCAAUGUCACCUAGUUGCUUCAUACCGAAAGUGGAACUAGAACUCUGGUAAAGCUAGAAACUGGUAGUUUACCAGUUUCUAACUUGAAUCUCAACCACUAUACCAGAUUGGCUUAUUAGUGUCAUCUUCCCCUUAUUUUUCUGUGCUCACUGGAAAUGUUAAGCAUUCCCUCCUUAGUUACAGGUUUUUUAACCUAUAUGAUGUAUAUUUCAAGCUACCAAUAAAAAUAAAAAAAUAUUUGUAGGGUCAUUGAAAUGAGGGGUCAUUGGUGCUGUCUUAACUUGGUUGUUUUCUUGCAGAUAUUUCAUUACCCAGAUUAGGUAACAUCAUAGUAAUAACA